AGCAUCACCUAGUAAAAACCCUCUGAUAUAGUAGUUUAUAGUGUGCCAAAUUUUGUUUCGUACCAAGUAUUUUACUUGCUUAACAAGUAUCCCACUUGGCCACUACUCGUAUAUACUAAUAGAUUCCAUCAAUAUUCUCGAUUCUCCAUUGACAUUGUAAACAGCCCUAUAAUGAUACACUUUUUAAAUGACAAUAAGGCUAACAAACUAUAUGUUUAAACUUGAAUUUAUUUGAAUAAGUCUAAUUGCCUUUUCUAAUCUUCGAUCCUUAACUUCAUUAAAAUGUCAAUGUGAAGUAUUAUAUAUAGUGGUCACUUAAUGAGUUAUCCUCAUAAAAAAAAAAACAAAACAAGUAACCUAGCAAGUACUAUUAGCUAGGUAUACCUUAGCUAAAUACUUACAAACCCCCCCCCCAAAUCCUUUAAAAAAAAUUAUUUCAUGGCCAGUGGUGAGCCAGGUACCUCAAUGCAUGGGGUGACGGGGAAGGAGCAAUCACACGCCUUCUCCGUCUCCCCAUCCCAGGUCCCAGUGGACCACAUGGCCAAGUUUGCUCUGCCAGUCGAUGCAGAGCAUAAGGCUACAAAAUUCAAAAUCUUAUCUCUAGCCAAACCCCACAUGACUACAUUCCACCUAAGUUGGAUUUCCUUUUGUACGUGUUUCAUAUCCACUUUCGCAGCUGCACCCUUGGUCCCAAUCAUAAGGGACAACCUCAAUCUCACCCAUAUAGACAUUGGUAACGCAGGAGUAGCUUCCGUCUCAGGAAGUGUCUUCUCUAGGCUUGUCAUGGGUACGCUUUGCGACCUCAUGGGACCGAGGUACGCUUGUGCAUUCCUAGUCAUGUUGAUAGCCCCUGCCGUGUUUUGCAUGUCUUUGAUAGAAGAUGCAUCAGGGUACGUAGCAGUGAGGUUCAUGAUAGGGUUUUGUCUAGCCACUUUCGUGUCGUGCCAAUAUUGGAUGAGUACCAUGUUUAACGGACAAAUUAUAGGGCUUGUGAAUGGGACAGCUGCAGGAUGGGGUAAUGCCGGAGGUGGUGCAACCCAACUUCUAAUGCCUUUGGUCUAUGAAAUCAUUUGUCGUAUCGGAGCCACGUCUUUUGUAGCUUGGAGGAUUGCCUUCUUCAUUCCUGGGUUGCUUCAUAUUGUUAUGGGGAUUUUGGUUCUUACACUUGGUCAAGAUUUGCCUGAUGGUAACCUUGGUGCCCUUCAGAAGAAGGGUGAGGUUGCUAAGGACAAGCUCCCUAAGGUGCUUUGGUAUGCUGUCUCCAACUACCGGACAUGGAUCUUUGUACUCCUUUAUGGCUACUCCUUAGGUGUGGAGUUGACUACUGAUAACGUUAUUGCAGAAUACUUUUUUGAUAGGUUUAACCUCAACUUGCACACAGCGGGAAUCAUAGCAGCCAGCUUUGGGUUAGCAAACUUCUUCUCCCGUCCAUUGGGGGGGUUAGCCUCGGACUAUAGUGCUCGUUACUUUGGUAUGAGGGGGCGGCUUUGGACCCUAUGGAUCCUCCAAACAGCUGGUGGGUUGUUCUGCGUUUGGCUUGGGUUGGCCAAAGACCUCACCACAGCCAUUGUAUCCUUAAUCCUAUUCUCCUUAGGGGCUCAAGCUGCUUGCGGAGCCACCUUUGGGAUAGUGCCCUUCAUCUCUCGACGAUCCCUAGGGAUUAUCUCUGGGCUCACUGGUGCAGGAGGCAACGUGGGAGCGGCAUUGACCCAGUUUAUUUUCUUUUCUGGAACUCGUUAUAGCAGAGAAGACGGUCUUCUCUACAUGGGAGUUAUGGCCAUUGCUUGUACCGUCCCAGUAGCCUUUGUGCAUUUCCCACAAUGGGGUAGUAUGUUUUUCCCUCCAUCCAAGACUGCUACCGAGGAGGAUUACUAUGUUGCUGAGUACAACAAAAACGAGCAGAGUAAGGGAAUGCACGAAAGGAAUAUCAAGUUUGCUGAAAGUGCACGAGCUGAGCGUGGGAAUGGCUUCUGCUCCUCUGCUCCUCCUACCGAUGCUUAGUUUUUCCUUCCCUAUCAGUAUAUAAUCAAACUUGUACUAAAUUAUUUUUCAGCUGUUAAUUUUUCUACUACAUCAUGUACCCUACAGUUUUACAGAGUGCAACUCUGUAUGAGCCAAAAUAUCAUGCGUACCCCUAUUGGUACUUUUGGUGCGUGAGAUGAUGGAACUUAAAUCAUCAAACUACAAUUCCCGUUUGAGUGGCAAGUGAACUUUAUUUGUGAUAAGAAGUAUACUUCAUUUUGUACUAGUAUAUCAUUUCUUAUGAUAUACAAUCUUAUUUGUGAUAAGAAAUAUACUUCAUCUUGUGUUAA